AUGAGAGGUGGCUCCGCCCCUGCGCGCGUUAAAAACUAUGAAUCGCACGACCUGGACAUCAAAAACUAUAAAGCGCACGGCCUGGACAUUGGAAACUAUGGAGCGCACGACCUAGACAUCGUAAACUAUGGAUGGCACGACCUGGAAAUCGAGAACUAUCGAGCGCACGACCUAAACAUCCAGAACCAUGGAGCGCAUGACCUGGACAUUGUGAACUAUCGAACGCACGACCUAAACAUCCAGAACCAUGAAGCGCACAACCUGGACAUCAAAAAUUAUCGAGCGCGCGACCUGGACAUCGAAAACUAUGGAUCGCACGACCUAGACAUCGCAACGCACGACCUGAAAAUCAAGGACUAUGGAUCGCACGACCUAGACAUCGUAAACUAUGAAUUGCACGUUCUGGACAUCGAAAACUACGGAUCGCACGACCCGGACAUCGAAAACUAUCAGGCGCACGACCUGAACAUCUCGAAGCAUUAA